AUGGACAACGCCUAGCGUCGUGACGUACACGCCAAGAUGGCUGACACACUUUUACUUCGAGCUCUGAAGGGGAAGGCAAAGAAACUAAACUUUAGCAACAAGAAACUGGACAGUGUGCCUGCAAUUAUAGGGAAAAUAGUGAGUUUAACAAACGUCGAGCUGAAAAACAAUAGAAUACGGGAUCUGCCUCCUGAAUUCGGAUCAUUGGUGCAGUUGGCGAUCUUGAAUCUGGGAAACAACGAGCUUGAAGACCUGCCUGAGGCCUUGGCGUAUCUCCUCUCUCUACAGAAACUGCACGUCUUUCAGAACAAACUGAGAACGCUGAACCCCAGAGUACUCAUUGGUUUACAAAAUCUGACUCUGCUUAAUUUGAACAACAAUGACUUGGUUACACUGCCAGAGGAGAUUGGGAGACUUUGUAGUCUACAGUACCUGAGUCUGGACCAUAACCACCUGAUGCACCUGCCGUCCACCCUGUGCGCCUGUGUGGAGCUGACAGAGCUGCAUGUAGCCUACAACAACCUGCAGGGCCUGCCUCUGGAGAUAGGGUACCUGUCCAGACUCAACAAACUACAUCUGCAGAGGAACAGAAUAAAGGAGCUCCCAGAGGGCCUUGGCAAGUUGCUGAAGCUGACCUACCUUGAUGUGGCUGGAAAUGAACUGAGGAUAUUUCCAACGGAGUUAGGGAAACUUCCCCUGCGAGAGAUGUACUGUGAAGAAAACCCACUGCUGAGCUUUGCACCAGUCCAUUCUGUCCAGGAGGAAGAGGUCUUAGCACUCAAGGAGAUAGCUGCACGUUUUGUCAUGAAUGAGCUCAAGGAUAGAUUCUCCUACAUGAGGAAGGCUAUCCGCCACUACCCUGCCAUCCGUGAGAUGCUAGCUCAGGCCAGCCGGUGUGCCAUGUGUGACGAGGCCUUCCUCAACACAUGGCUGGAGUGUGUGCACUUCAUUGAUGUCAGAAAGGACUUGAAGACAAAGAACUUUGUGGGAACUAUCCCUGUUCGAGCGCUGCUCUGCUCCUACAAGUGUUUCAACAGAAAAGAUCAUCAUUUUUAUGGAGUUGCCUUCCCUUGAUAAGGAACUCCUAGGUUGGAGGGCACAUUUGAGUUUAGUAUUAAUGAUAUCACAAAUCAUGUGGGCAAUAUCUAAAAUAAUGUAUCUCAUAUGUAAUUCA